CAAAACUAACAACCCUAAUCUAUGUGAUAUAUAAAGAGGGAAGCCCAGAUCCUUGGGACCAACAGAACCAAAUAGUCUACAAUAAUAAUGCAAAACUCACCAUUUCCUCUAUGACAGAAUUGAAUGCAGGGAGAUAUCACUGCUACUCCUACACCUCUGCUGGAUGGACAGAACGCAGUAACACCUUAGAGCUGGUGGUGACAGGAGUCUACAACAAACCCAUACUGUUGCCACUACAAGCCCCUGUUGUGACUGUAGGAAUGACUGUGACACUCUCUUGUACCUCAAAUCAUUCAUACAACUGGUUCAUUUUAACUAAGGAUGAUCAGAAGUUCUUGCGCAGUGAGCGUUCACAAGAUAAAGACACUGGGUUAUUUUUUGCCAAGUUCCAAGUGACACCAAUAGCCUUCAGCCAAAGGUGGAUGUUCAGAUGCUAUGGCUCUUACAGAAGUAAUAAUCAGGUGUGGUCAGAAGGGAGUGACCUUUCGGAACUUCUGAUCUCAGGAAAACUUAAGAAACCCAUUUUGAGGGCUGAGCCGGGAUCUGUGAUUGCCUCAUGGAAUAGUGUGACAAUUGUGUGUGAGGGGACCAUGGGAAACCAACCAAUGUAUUUCCUCUAUAAAGAAGGAAAUCCAGCACCUUGGGACAGUCAAACCCCAAUAGAUCCUGGUAACACGGCCAUGUUCUCAAUAGCAUCCAUGGAACAGCAUCAUGCAGGAAAAUAUCGCUGUUACUCUUACACCUCUGCUGGCUGGACAGAGCGCAGUGAUCCCCUGGAGCUGGUGGUGACGGGUGUUCACCAUGGUAAACCUACUCUGUCAGCUUUGCCCAGCCCUGUGGUGACCCCAGGUGGGAAUGUGACCCUUAAGUGUGUCUCAUCUAAAGGAUAUGAUUGGUUCAUUUUGACUGGGGCAGAUCAAAAUUUCUCCAGGUCUCUAAAGGCACAGCUUACACACACUAGACAGUCCCUAGCUCUGUUUUCUGAGAUCACCAUGGCAUCCAGCAAGAGUGGGCCCUUCAGAUGUUAUGGACGUUAUACAAAUUCUCCGCAUGUGUGGUCGGAGGCCAGUGACCCUUUGGAGAUACAUGUCUCAGUCUCACAGCCUCAAGAUCACACAGUGCAGAACAUCAUCCGGAUGGGCAUUUCUGGUUUGAUUCUCACAGUACUUGGGAUUGUGCUGUUUGGGACUUGCACCAGCCAGAGAAGACCUUGAUUGCAUCCUAGAAGUGAAGACAAGAGAUGGCCACAAGCUUGCAUAUUACUGUCUCUGAAAAAUUAAUUUGGUAAUCUUUAGUGUUUUUUUACAAGAAAAUUUAAUGUUUAAAAUGAGCAUGAAUUAUGAGAAACGAUCCAGGAAUCAAAUGUUUUUUGGAUGGAGGAAAGGAUCAAAAUGUUGGGUUGGAGAACUCUUCCAUCACCACAUUAAUGCUCAUACCCUCUAUUUUACUGUG